CUUGCAAGAAGAUAAACAUGCAGAAAUAUGCUACCUAAAACAAAAAGGUGUUAGUCAAGUCAAGUUAGCUGAACAAUUUUUUGUUGCUGAAGCAACAAUUUCAAAUAUUAUUCGAGAAAAAGAUAGGUGGUUAUCACUUAAACCAGGUUCUAAUAAUAUUAAAUUGAAACGACAAAGAACUGCAAAGUUUCUCCUACUAGAAGAGGCACUUGCUCUUUGGGUAUCAAGGGUAACUGAGGUAUUACAAACAGGUACAGAGGUAAUAAUUACACACAAGGUAGUUCAACUUGCAGAAGGUCUUGGUAUAAUAGGUUUCAAUACUUCUGAAGGAUGGCUCUCGAAUUUUAAGAAGUAUUAUCAUAUAAAGGAAUACAGGCGUCAAGGUGAAGCCGCAAGUAUGCCACUUGAAGACUUUCCUAGAUUUCGUAAUGAAUUAUAUGAAAUAAUCAAAGAGUAUAAGCCUGAGGAUAUUUAUAAUCGUAUAGAACCAGACAAAACAUUGGCUAGUAGUUCAGUUUUGGGAGAAAAAAAAGCCAAAGACUGUAUGACAAUUUUAUUAACAUGCAAUGCGACUGGAGAGCAUAAACUUCCUCCUUUAUUUAUACACAAAUAUAAAAAUCCUAGAGCUCUUCAUAAUGUUGAUAAGUCAACCUUACCUGUGUAUUAUUACUGGAACAGUACUGCUUGGAUGCAAACGUCUAUUUUUAAUCGAUAUAUCAAGCAUUUUGAUGAUCAAAUGAGACUUGCUAGUUGGUCAAUUCUUCUUCUCAUGGAUGGAGCAUCAACUCAUGGACUUGAAGAGAGCUACACUCCAACAAAUAUAAAGCUUCAUAUUCUCCCUCUGAAUACAACAGCUCACCUGCAAUUGUGUAAUGCGAGAAUUAUUUGGAGUUUUAAGGCGCAUUAUAAAAAAAUUUUCUGCCAAGAUCGUAUAGAUUUAUUCGAUUUUUUUUUAGAAUCUGGUGAAUCUCCUGAACCUUUAAAUAUUAAGAAUGCAAUCGAUUUUACCGCUACUGCUUGGAAAAAAGUAACCUCACAAACUAUCCGUAACUGUUGGGAAAAAACUGGUAUUCUGCCAAAGGAUUUUUUUGAUGAAUUAUUUCUUUUUGAGAAUUCUAGUUUAACUAAUGAAUUAGAUCUUAUAGAUGAAAUUCAGAAUUUAAUUAGACAUGCACAUCAAUAUAUAAUUGCUGAUAAUGAUCUUAUUGCUACUGAGAUUCUAACUAAUAAAGAAAUAAUUGAGUCUGUUAAGAAUCAUGAAUACAUUGAACCAGAAGAUGAAAGUUCAAAAAAAUUAAUCUCCUUUGUUCAGGCCUUGGAAUUCAUUAAAGGAAUCUCAUCUUUCCUUGAGCAACAACCUGAUGGUAAUUUCAAAGUUAAAGAUUCUUUUAUUUGGGGUUUAAGACAACUUAAAAAAGAAGUAAAUUUUAAGUAUAUUGCUUCAAAACAACAAGCCACCUUAGAUACGUUUAUUCAUAAUACAAAUUAA